AUGCGUCCCAAGGAGAUCGUGUACCUGUCGUUUGGCUCCACGGCGAACCAUGUGGCCACGCACUUUUGGAAUACGCAGCAGACGUACUUUGACUAUAGCCCUCACGCCCCUCCGCCGAUCGUCGAGCAUGACGUGUCGUUCAAGGCGGGCUUAGGGACCGAUGGACUCGAUACGUACACACCACGCACCCUGCUUUUUGACGUGCGUGAAGAAUUCGGCGCGCUCGCACGCAUCAAUGCUUUGUACGAAGAGAGUAGUGAGGAUGCAUUCGAUGGCGAGACACUGGAAACCGUGCCGCGUGUGCAGCCCAGUGCAAUGGCCGAUGCCCUCACAGCGCCCGCGACGGCCACGAAGCACGAGGGGCCUCCGCGGUACUGGUCCGACUUUGCCCAGACGCCCUACCAUCCCAAAUCCCUGCUCCAUGUAGCCGCGCCCUCCCUGUAUGGCCACUCGUUCUUAUCCAGCAUGGGCACCGAUUCAUUGAACCCUACGUUCGACACAUUUGCACAGGGCGUGCGCGUGGCCAAGGCCAUGGAAGACGAGCAGCAAGUCAUGGAAGACACAUUGCGGUGGUGGGCAGAGGACAGCGAUCUCUUGCAAGGCUUCCAAAUGACCACCUCCUCGUCCGAUGCAUUCGCUGGCUUUUCGCAUACCUAUCUGCAAUAUGUGGCGGAUGAAUACCCGAAGAGCGAGCGUCACGUCGCUUUGCUUGGCCGCGCCUACGAGGCGAAGUAUCAACCCUAUGUCACUAUGAACAAUAUUCUGUCUUUGGUCCACUUUUACGAGCAAGCCUCGAUGCUCGUGCCGAUACGUAUGAGCGGGCCUACUACGGACUUUCUGCGCCCCGAUUGGAACAGUAUGUACGAAAACAGUGCCGUGCUGGCGGCUCUCUUCGAGUCGGCGACACUACCUUUGCGUCUGGCUCACCGCUCCCACUCCAUGGUCGACAUGCGUGCCCAGUUGGUGUGGCGGGGCGAUUCACGCCUAGUGCAACUGGGCGGAUGUAUACCUACGCCGCUCCUGGCCGACGUACGUGCAUCCACGUCGGUCGACCAUUUGAUCGAUGCCAUGUUUGCCGCUCGGGGUCUGAAAAUGGAGGCGCUAGCAACGCCUCCGUCGUCGUCGACGGACAAACUCGGACCUGUAUGGUGGGAUGCCUCCCGGUCGUUUGGUCGUUUGUACAUGCCUUCCACUGAGGAUGCCACAGCCAUGGCGGUGCCGUACGCUGAAACCAUGGUCGCACGAGAUGCAGAUGCCAUGGCCGAAAAGCCAACCCUGGAUGCCAUGCAAGCCUGGCAAAAAGACCUAAAAGAGCCCUUGAUCUCUUCCCACUUUGUCCCCUUGGCUUUCCCUACAACGCCUCCGUACCCAUCGUUUUGGUAUGGACUUACUCGCGAUGGCCGACCAUGGCCGCGGCCGCACGAGCGAGAGAAGCUGGGUGUCGUGGAGUCUGUGCCAUGCAUGGCCUCCCUUCGGUCAUCACCAGAUUCCCUGGAUAUGAUUUUGGAAGCACGACAGUGUAUUGUACAAAUAUUGCAGGGUCAUGAGCCACUGGCUACGUAUGGCCUAACAGAUUUCAUGGAUCGUGAUGGCCUGCUGGAAGUGCGCGAAGCCCUCGAAAGCAUGUCCAAUGCGUAUGGCGGCGUCCCCGAUGACCAAGCCGAGCCUGGCACAGAUGAAGAGUGGGAAGACGACGAUGAGUGGGAUCUUUAG